AUGCAGAUAUCAACUGUACCAACGACGAAGGCCACACCCCUCCAACUCGCAGCCAGGAAUGGCCACGACGAGGUCGUGAAACUACUAGUUUAUGUAAAAUGCUAUACAGAGUCCCAAGAUCCCGAGCAAAGUUUCACGCCACUCCUGCUAGCGGCCAUAUACGGACAAGAGUCUGCAGCGAGAAGGCUACUUGAACAAGGCGCGGAUAUUAACGAAAAGGAUGUGGAGCUCGGACGAACACCGCUGUUGUGGGCCAUCGAAGGAGGCUAUGAGGGCGUCGCGAAGCUUCUCGUGCAUAACGAUGCGGAUAUCCAUGCCAGAGAUGAUGAUAUGGGUAUGAAUGCCCUCUUGAUUGCUGCUGCUAAGGGUCACCAUGCCAUUGCUACGUUCUUGCUUGAUCAUGGAGCCGAUAUUGAAUACACAUGCACCGAGUAUGAAGCAACGCCGCUUUGCUGGGCGGCUUGGCAUGGUCACCUUGAGCUGGUGAGACUGUUGCUGGAGAGGGGCGCCAAUGUCCAUGCGCGGAAUAUGUGGGGCGACAGUGACUCACUCGUUUGGCCACAUUUCAAUCGGAGAUGGUGUCGACAAACGCCGCUUCAUAUGGCGGCUGAGAGAGGACAUGAACCUGUUGCGGAGCUGCUUUGCCGGAAGGGGGCUGAUAUUGAGGCGAGGGAUAUAGAUGGCCAAACUCCACUCUCCUUGGCGGCGAGGGACGGUCGACUGGCCGUUGUUCGAUUGCUUCUUGACAAGGGGGCUGAGGUGGAUGUAAGAGAUAUACGCGGGCGAACCCCUGUCGCCUUAGCAGCUGGCAACAAUGUUGUACCGACAACGAAGUCGUUGAUUCCGGAUCAUAAGAUAGAGCAUGAGGAAGUUAUCAAACUCCUGAUCCAGAGAAACUGCAAUAUCCACUCUGAAGAUAACCAGCACCGAACACCGCUUCUGUUAGCUACCGCCGCGGGUCACUCAAACAGGGUUCGACUACUACUUGAGCAUGGGGCAAAUAUAGAGUCUCCCGACGAAAACGGUUGGACACCACUUCUAGUUGCCGCAGGAAACGGGCUUCUGGAGACAACGAAGGUUCUUCUAGCAAAUAGCGCGAAUUUGAAUGCUAAAGAUGCAAAUUACCGAACCCCUCUCAUAUUUGCAUCCCACUUUGGCCAUAUUGACGUCGCGAAGUUGCUGAUUGAAAAAGGAGCAGAUAUCAACUCCCGCGACGGAUGUGGCAAAACCGCACUGUUCUGGGCUACAGGAAUCGGACAUACGCCGCUCGUCAAAAUACUUCGUGGUAUGAAUGCAGUGUAUCUUCAAGAUUUCGAUGGUCUGUCCCCAUUGGAAUGGGCAAAUGAACGUGGUCGUAAGGAUGUGGUCAGGCUGCUACUUGGUGAGCACGGCCAGGAUGAGAUUAAAUGGUCUUAUUGGAACGAUGAAACUAAGGAUAAUGGACAGAGGAAAAUGGUUUCCUGUCAUCCUUUCUGA